CAGUGACGUCAUCGCGCCGCGAAGUGGCAUUGCCGCGCGGCGAUUGGGUGAGCCCGGAGCUAAAGUGUUUAGACAGUAAAAAGACAAGACUCGGACGACCACAACCACCGCUGCGGCCGCAUGAAGCCAGCUAAAGGCUCAGUCGAACUUUUCGACCAGCUGUUAUAGAACCAUCGGAUGUUACGAUGGCUGCCCACUUCACGAUCUCAGACAGUGACUCGGAGCCGUCGGAAGAGGUGGAGGAGGGAGAGAAGAAGCAGCCGUCAGCGGGUCAAGAGGAGAGCGUUCGCCCACACCUCAACCUGCCUGAGCUCAGGCUCCCGUUGAAUGGUCGGAUCAGGCUCAACUCGGAGUCCCACGUUUCCAACGUCUCCAGAGAUGAGGAUCUCCUGGCCAGGGUGGCGGAGGAGGAGCCUGGGACCCCUACAGAGGGGUUCCCAUUCAGAGGGAGAUCAAAGUCUGCUCCUCCAGCCCUGUGGGCCGCCAAGAAGUACGGCCGGCAGCUCCGAAGGAUGAGCGACGAGUUCGACAGCCUGCUGGACAAAGGGGAGAUGAGGAAGGUGAGAAGUGCCGGGUCAACCAAACCCAUGCACCACUCCAGGAGCUGGUGGAACUACCUCUUCAGUCACCAGGAGAGCGACGGAGAGAACAGCCACCAUGACAACCCCACGCAGCGCACCGAGUAGGAUAUCUGAGCCCGGCCGGGUCCGACGGACAGAGACGGGGAGCUACCGAACAAUGUGAGGGAAGGAAGAUGGUUCUGAACACGGGGACUUGUUCAAUGAGACACAAACUCAGUGAGUCCCACCUUAGAGUUUGUCUUUAUGUCACUGAGAUCUACUUUUUGUGUUUAUGAUGUAGAAAUGUUGUGCUGUCUGAAUCCCACCAGUUAGAUCAAAGAUCUUAGCGAACGGAAAAAGUGACCAUUUCAGAUGAAAGCAGAGAUAAACGUACUGAGAUGUAAACGCAACGCCUUGGCCUUCCACGUCUGAUUAACAAGCUGCUUUUUCCUGCAAACGUUUUCUCUCGUCUCGACAAUCGCUGCAAUUUAUUGUCAAAAAUCUGCAGAAGCGGCUUGAAAAACCUUGAGAAAUUGAAGAAUUUGGAGGCGUUCCUGUUUGUCUGCUUUUACAAACCCUUUCCGCAGUCAGCCGAUCACACGUGACUAUCAGAAAACCGCUUUAACACUCUUGUAGUUGGACAAUCUGAGGACGCGCAUCUCUAGUGAAACUUCAGGGUCAGAUUAAAAGAGAAGAGCACAAGCGAGUCCUUUAAAGCCUCGGACUAGCAAAAAUGAAAUCUUUUAUGUGUACAUAUGUUGUAAAUAUUUGAUGAAAUUGUCUGGCUGGGGUUUAUAAAUAAGGGGAUUUAAUCAGAAGUUUAUCGACGCGGUUACGGCGGAGCAAUAGGCUGUGUACAAUCUGUGGCUGUUGUCAUUAAAUGUCACGUAUUUAAAGCACAGGUUUGAUGCUUUUAAGAGUCUGUUUUUAUAUCAAAGAGUUUGUUUAAAUGCAGUUUGUUCCCUUUUGUUACGCUGAAGCUGGAGGAGCGCCGAUCUGACCACGAAGCACACAAACCACGAUUAAACACCUAUGGUGACUGUUUUUAUACAGCUUGGUAUAAUAAAAAAAAAAGCUUUUGUGACUUUUA